AGCAGCAAAGAGACAUUUUGGACUCGGAAGAAAUUGGUAAUUUGGCUUCGCAAUUGGCAAUUAUCAAAGAAUUACGAACCAUUAUUCUCCAUCGUCAACGAUUAUUGACCCAGAACAAAGGCUGGGUUGUAGUUGGGCGGGAUAUCGCUUCGGAACAGCACCAGGGAAAAAUAAACCGAGAGCAAAUUGAAAAAGAUUUGCUGGCUCGCGACGAAAAAGAUAAAAACCGAACCCUUUCUCCCUUACGAAAAACGGCCGAUA